ACAAAACAGCAGCAACGAUACCAGUCGAUCCGUCCGUUUAACCUUAUCAUCCGUCAAAGCACAUUCGUAUACCUUGAUAAAUUACACAGAAAUGGCCGCGACCGAGCCACGUUUGUCGCAACUACCAUUCAUCAACUGCAGCAACGACGACAAACCCGACGGAUCAAAGUCCGAAGCUCAGCAGAGGAAACCGAUCUCUGUUGCGAUCCCGAAACACAAGGCGCAUGGCAUUCUGAAUAUUCCGUCGUCGCUCGUUACCCCGCCCGUAUCACGAACAGCCUCCUCCUUCGACCUUCCCCAUAUCUCCCCGCCAAACAAACAAUCCGCAUCAUCCAAAGCCGCACAAGCACAUCUCCCGCCGCAGAAGUUACCACCGUUGCCGAAUGUGACCUGUGUUGUCCGCGCGCGAAUCCCGACAACGAGCGGUACGGAGAUAUUCCUCCAUUUGUACCAGAAUGAUUCGGAUAACAAGGAACAUCUCGCCAUCGUCUUCGGAAACCGGAUCCGUUCGAGGAGCUUGGAUGAGGUUAGGGAGGGUGAGACGGAGAUGGAUAGGAUGAUUCGAGGAGCGUAUACGGGGAAACUGUACCCCGGGCGGACGUCGUCGACAGAAGAGCAAGAAGCGGCGGAGGCUGCGGCAAAGGAGGAAGAGAAGAGCGAGACACCGUUGGUGAGAAUUCAUAGUGAAUGUUAUACGGGUGAGACCGCAUGGUCUGCACGCUGUGAUUGUGGUGAGCAACUUGAUGAGGCGGCGAGGUUGAUGGGGUUGGAGGGGGAGGGAGUCAUUGUAUACCUGAGACAGGAAGGACGUGGUAUUGGAUUGUCCGAGAAGUUGAAGGCCUACAAUCUCCAAGAUCUCGGCAACGACACCGUUGAAGCGAAUCUUUUGCUCCGUCAUCCUGCUGAUGCGAGAACAUAUGGCCUCGCGACGGCGAUUCUGUGUGAUCUGGAUUGUAACCACGUCCGUCUACUCACCAACAACCCCGAUAAAGUCGCGGCUGUGGAGGGACCGAACAAGGAGGUGGAGGUCGUGUCCCGUGUUGCGAUGGUACCGAAACACUGGCGUGGUGAGGAAGGCGGAGUGAAGGGCAAGGAAGUUGGAGACUAUCUGAGGACGAAGAUAGAGAAGAUGGGUCACAUGCUUGGGAUGCCUGAGCAGUAGGAUGUGGGAUCGACGCAGUUUUGGAUUUUGGAUAUCUAAGAUGGAAAAGGAAAGGGACU